AUUAUUACCAUCAACUUACGUUGAACUGAACUCUAAGUAGUCACUUACUAAGUCAGUGUCGAUCACUUAGGACGCCCCUGCCAGUCUGAUACCGUCACCAUGCAGCUAGCAAACCCCAACCUCGAUGGCCUAUCUUCCUUUAUGACCUUUCUCCUAUCCCUAAUUCAACUCCUGGCUAUCAACUGGAAGGUUCUUCUAAUUGCUUCGUUUGUUAUCUGGUCUGUCACAGUCUUUACACGGCGCGGAAAGCAAUUGAAAGAGUGUCCUUCGCUGCUUGCACCCCCUGCCCAAGGUUCUUCCUGUCAAGCGCCUUUAAAUGAUUCAGACAUCCCUCCAAUAUAUCAUCGUCCGCAUUCGCAAAUAUCUGACAAACCAACUCCUUCAAAGUCAUCUUCGGCUCAAAAAAAUCUGAUCGUGAAAGUCGGUCAAAAAAAAGAGCAUCGUGUGAAGCCACCCUACGAUGCCUUCCUUGUUUUGGACGUUGAGGCUACUUGUGAAGAGGGGACCGGCUUUCAGUGGCCUAAUGAAAUCAUAGAGUGGCCCGUCUGUCUCAUGCGCUGGAAAGAUAAAUCGAACCUAGUAGGAACGACUUGCCAGCUGGAAAUUGUAGAUGAGUUUCGGAGCUUCGUCAAGCCGACAUGGAGACCUCAAUUGUCGCAAUUUUGCAUGGAUCUGACCGGGAUCACACAAGCUCAAGUGAACUCGGCGCCAAACUUCCAGAAGGUUCUGAAGAUGUUUGCCCGUUUUCUGACUGAUCAUGGAUUGAUCGAUCCAAAGAGUGGGCGACCUAUACAGCGCUUCUGCUGGUGCAGUGACGGACCCUUUGACGUAAGGGAUUUCGUCGUGAAGCAGUGUUUUAUAUCAAAAGCGCCCAUGCCACCUUGGCUCAAAGGGGAUGUUCUUGAUGUCAGGAGAAUUGUCUCCGUUUGGGCAGUUUCGUCUGGCAAUCCGGAAACCACGACCAAGCUCCCGGCACGUUCUCAUAUUCGAUCAUUGAACAUACCGCAGCAGUUGCAAGCCCUCGGGUUGCCAGCGUUUCAGGGCCGUUUGCACAGCGGUAUUGACGACACACGGAACAUAGCACGCGUGAUGACUGAGCUUGCUCGUCGUGGUGUUCGUUUGGAACCCAAUACAUCCAUCAAUCCAAAUCGUCGCUGGAAUUGGAUGGGAAAGUCUGGCGAGGUUCUCGAGCACACUCUAUAGUUCCAAUAAUAUAAUGUGAUUGCUCUAAGAAUGAUUGUUACCAACGAAUUAAUGAUUUCCAGCACCCAAAUAAAAGUACUUGGAAUACAUAGGUUACGUGCGUCGCGACAGCGAACAAGCUAUAAAAAUGAAAGAGUAAAGA